AAAGUUUUCAUUUUAGUUUUAUUUUGUUAGAAAUGGGUUUUGGCUGAAAGGGUACAGUAGUUGAAUCGGUGAUUUUUGCACGGUAUGGAGACUCUUGUUGUUGUGGCUGAACACAGGAAUCAGUAUUAUAGCGGAGUUGAACCACACGGGCCUGCUAAAUUCGGGGCUUCUCCUUCUAAGCACUUUAGGGAUAUCAAUUGCAGGACUUUUCAAUCCGGGGCGGGAUUACUUCCAACCCCAUUUCAGACUUCCACUACUCCUGUAACCAAAAGCACCACCCUUGCUCCUGCUUCUCACUCUCCAAAAACACCAUCACCAGCUGUCAAGUCUCAUUCCAACUCUCAUUCUGUUGACAAUGUUCGCUUGAAGACUGCUUCAAAAAGCUCUCCUAUAACUUUUAAUGCCAAGAUUUCUAGAAAGGAAACAUCUUUUAAUGAGGCGAUAGGUUUUGUGAAUGGGAAUUUACCGUUCUCGGAGCUUUGGGCUGGUCCUGCUUAUUCGAAUUCUCCACCACCGAGUUCUUUGCCGAUUCCUAAGUUUUCAAUGAGGCCACCAAAGCGAACCGUGUCACUUAAUUUACCUGUGUCUGAUGAUGCUGAUUUUGAUGUGCAACCAACUGCCAAGUCUGCACCGGCUUCCCCCUCAAGGGAGCAUAGCCCUUCUAUAAGAGAUUUGCUUCUUAGUGCUGACUCCGCGACGAAGACUUUGCGUCGCAUUCUCAACCUUGACGUGGCAGGCGAGUGAAGUUUAAGGGGCGUUUUGCUCCUGUAAAUAGCGAAUUCAGUGGUAGAUGUAUAUAGAUGAAUAAAUUAGCCAGGAGUGUCAGUUGGGUUGAGUUUCUUUAGCUUCUGGUAGUGGUGGUGGUGGUGAUACAACAAGCAGUCAUGGCUUGGUAGGUCAAUAAUCUUCAGAUGUUACACUGAGAAACUUAUAUGUGACCUGGAGUAGUAUUUUGGUAGCAAGGCAGGCAGGCCAGGUACAUGGCUUUAUAGCUAAGAUGGGGCAAGACUAUGUGAAACGGAUGGAAGCUGACUCCAAUACAUUCAGGAAGCAGAGGGGAAGUUAUAAUGAAGUUGUAGUGAAGGUCAUUUUUUCAGGAGCAUGUGACUACUUGCAAGUUUCUAUUCUAUGAUCUAUCAUACCCUUGCGAAGCUCUUUGCAUAAUCUCCUUGUGGGAUUGUUUAUUCGCUCUACUUAAGUUCUUGAGAAGAAUUUAGGCUUAUAACAUCAGAUGCUAUGUAUAUACUGCAUUAUAACUUGGCUAGUCUUACAAUUCCAUAGGUUUCUGUCUUAUUAGCGUAUCCUGACUUUCUUUUCUUGGUUUCAAUUCCGGCGCCCUCUUCUAGCUUCACUUUCUGAUUGCUAACAUUAAUUAGCCUAUUAGUUUCCUAGUCUAGUGCUGCCUCAAUUGGCACCCUAGAUGAUCCGUUCUCUUGUAAUAGUUUACUUGCCUCAUCACUUCCAAUAAUCAAUGCCAGCUCUUAUAUAUAUUCACCAUUUCUUUUCCUUCUUCUUUAGGCAGCACUAACUCCAUGCACAACCUUUCUUCUUUAGGUAGCUCUAACUCCUUGCACACCCUGCACGGGUGUUGUUUCUCCUUGGCCAUCUUUUCUGUUUUUUAAGAGGGAAAAGUGGGAAGGGGAAGUGAAAGUAUUUGUUAGUGUUUUCUGCUCCUUAAGUCUGUCAAGGUCAAUCCUAUCCAUGUUGCUCUGUCAUGUUGGAAGCCUAUCAGUUUCUUGUUAUUUUGAACAGUUAAUAGGGCCUCCUCUGUCUUUCAUGAAGUGUAUAUUCCUCGGAGAUUGUUGACCAUGUCAAGCUAUUUGCAAGGGAGCUGCUUGUCCAGGAACAUUUCAGGAAGCUGCUGUUAUAGCAGGAUAUGCUCUUGAUAGAUGUAGUCCUAAAAGUACGUCUUAUCACGAUUCAUCCAUAUGUGGUUUCUAUUUCUUGUCACUCUCGUCACUGAGAUUAUAGUGCAAUAUCUGUCUUACUGUUUGUCUUUUGUACCAGGAAUCCUCUUGAGUAGUCGAGUUAUGUGUAUUGGUGAACCGAUGUAAUUUUACAACAACAUUCUAUGUCUGGUCUUUAGAGGUUUUCA